GCUGAUCUGGGCUCCACCCACACUGGGGAUCUUAUUAAGACAGAGAGCCUAGACUUUACAGAGCUGGGAUAUGAAACCCAUCUGCAUCCUGACCAAAUCAAAACAGAGACUGAAGAUGGAGGAUACCUUCAGGCAGAACACAUCAGUGACCUGCAUGUUAUUGAAUGUGUUGAUGAAUUGAAGUGUGAAUCCAGUGAAAGUUUAGUGAGUGAUCUCAUGAACCCUGUGAUGACUGGAGCUUGUGUUGAUCACAAAGUUAAUAACCCAAGCCUUUUGAAUUUACUUAUGCAAACUAAGAAUAUUCAUACAUAUGAAUGUGAAAUUGAUCCAGGUGAAAUGGCAUGCCAGUGUUCACAGUUUGAGAAAACAAAAUCUGAUUUAAGUAAGCACAGGAUGAUUCAUAAUGAUGAAAAGCCAUACAAGUGCACACACUGUGAGAAGGGUUUUCAUAGAAAAUGUGAUUUACAUAACCACUUGAGAACUCAUGUAGAUAAAAAGCCGUACAAGUGUUCACAGUGUGAGAAGAGUUUUCAGACAAAAUCUAUUUUAAAGAAGCACCAGGUUAUUCAUAUAGCUGAAAGGCCAUACAAGUGUGCACAGUGUGAAAAGUGUUUUCGUCGAAAAUACCAUUUGAAAGAACACCUGACAAUUCAUACAGGUGAAAAACCCUACAAGUGUUCCCAGUGUGAGAAGAGUUUUCAUACAAAAUCAAAAUUAAAAAAGCACCAGAUUAUUCAUACAGGUGAAAGGCCAUACAAGUGUGCACAGUGUGAGAAGUGUUUUCAUACAACAUAUAAUUUAAAUGCUCACCUGAGAAUUCAUACAGGUGAAAAACCCUACAAGUGUACCCAGUGUGAGAAGAGUUUUCAUACAAAAUCUAUUUUAAAGAAGCACCAGCUUAUUCAUACAGCUGAAAGGCCAUACAAGUGUGCGCAGUGUGAAAAGUGUUUUCGUCGAAAAUACGAUUUGAAAGAACACCUGAAAAUUCAUACAGGUGAAAAAUCCUACAAGUGUACCCAGUGUGAGAAGAGUUUUCCUACAAAAUCUAAUUUAUAUACGCACCUGAGAAUUCAUACAGUUGAAAAACCCUACAAGUGUACCCAGUGUGAGAAGAGUUUUCAUACAAAAUCUAAUUUAAAUACACACCUGAGAAUUCAUACAGGUGAAAAACCCUACAAGUGUACACAGUGUCAGGAAUGUUUUCAUAGCAAAUCAUAUUUAAGUAGGCACCAGGUAUUUCAUACAGCUGAAAGGCCAUACAAGUGUGCACGGUGUGAAAAGUGUUUUCGUCGAAAAUACUAUUUGAAUAAACACCUGAAAAUUCAUACAGGUGAAAAAUCCUACAAGUGUACACAGUGUGAGAAGAGUUUUCUUACAAAAUCUAAUUUAAAUACACACCUGAGAUUUCAUACAGGUGAAAAACCCUACAAGUGUGCACAGUGUGAGAAGAGUUUUCAUACAAAAUCUCAUUUAAAUACACACCUGAGAAUUCAUACAGGUGAAAAACCCUACAAGUGUACACAGUGUGAAAAGUGUUUUCUUCGAAAAUCCGAUUUGAAUGAACACCUGACAAUUCAUACAGGUGAAAAAUCCUACAAGUGUACCCAGUGUGAGAAGAGUUUUCAUACAAAAUCUAAUUUAAAUACACACCUGAGAAUUCAUACAGGUGAAAAUCCCUACAAGUGUACCCAGUGUGAGAAGAGUUUUUCUACAAAAUCUAAUUCAUAUAAACACCUGAAAAUUCAUACAGGUGAAAAACCCUACAAGUGUCCCCAGUGUGAGAAGAGUUUUCUUACAAAAUCUAAUUUAAAUACACACCUGAGAUUUCAUACAGGUGAAAAACCCUACAAGUGUACACAGUGUGAGAAGAGUUUUCAUACAAAAUCUCAUUUAAAUGCACACCUGACAAUUCAUACAGGUGAAAAACCCUACAAGUGUACCCAGUGUGAGAAGCGUUUUGUCACAAAAUAUCAUUUGAAUGCACACCUAAAAAUUCAUACAGGUGAAAAAAAGUGUCCACAGUGUCAGAAGUGUUUUCUGAGAACAUCUGAUUUAAAUAAACACCUGAGAAUUCAUACAGGUAUAGGACCUAUAAGUGUGCCCAAUGUGAGAAGUGUUUUCUUACAAAAUAUAAUUUAAAUGCACACCUGGGAAUUCAUACCAUGUAAUCUCCUCCAAACGUAGUUAUUCUGUUAAAUUAAGUCGCUCACUGAAGUAGCCACCUGGUAAUUCAUACAGGUGAAUAGCCCUACAAAUGUGUUUAUUGUGGGAAGUAGGCGCGUAGGGCGGCCUAUAGCGUAGUGAUUAAGGUAAAUGACUGGGACACGCAAGGUCGGUGGUUCGAUUCCCGGUGUAGCCACAAUAACAUCCGCACAGCCGUUGGGCCCUUGAGCAAGGCCCUUAACCCUGCAUUGCUCCAGCGGAGGAUUGUCUCCUGCUUAGUCUAAUCAACUGUAUGUCGCUCUGGGUAAGAGCGUCUGCCAAAUGCCAAUAAUGUAAUGUAAUGUAAUGUAAUGGAAGUGCUUUUCCCAGAAAAAGUGCAUUAAUUCAUGGAAGAUGCUUCACACCACUGAAAACUCCUACAGUGUGGUGCUAGAUGUGUUUUACUGGAAAAGAUAAUUUAACUCAUGCCAGAGUAUUGAGGCAGCUGAAACUAAUCCCAACAGAUGUUUACAGUGUGCAGCGUUCUCCCAAUGGAACGAGUAAAAUUUCCACAAUACAAGUACUUGGUGUGGAAAGUGCCUUUUGACAACAUUCCCUUUACCACACGAUUGCCACCUGAGAAUUCUCACUGGUAAAAAGUGUUUCAAAUGUACUGUCUACAUUUGAAGAAAUCUCCUUUCGUGGCAAAACAGACUGAAUAGUCUGAGACAUGCGUGUAUCCUGGGAAGGGUUUUAUGAAAGAAUCUGUUAUGUUGUGUGGCGGCCUGUAGUGUAGUUGUUAAGGUAAAUGACUGGGACCGGCAAGGUCGGUGGUUCGAAUCCCAGUGUAGCCACAAUAAGAUCUGCACAGAACUGAACUGCCCUUGAGCAAGGCCCUUAACCCUGCAUUGCUCCAGGGGAGGAUUGUCUCCUGCUUAGUCGUUGCUCUGGAUAAGAGCGUCUGACAAAUGCCAAUCAUUUAAUGUAAUGUAAUGUUGUGUAGGAAGUGUUUGGAAUGUCCAAAUUUCUUAGGAAACCGAAAAUGUAUUGAGUCUUUACACAGGUUUUCAGGCAAACCGUCCUCCAUUGUAUUUUGUGGGUGGUUAUUGACAGUUCAAGUAGUGAAUAAAAGGUGGUGAGCCAACCGUUUUGCAGUGCUUGCUGCAGCGAUGUUUAAAGUCGUUCUGAUAGCCUUUCUGAUCAUAUUUGGUUGAGACAUCUGAAAUGAAAUGGCUCAAUGACUUGGACAAACUGAGAUGCUAUUGAUCUUUUUAUAAUGAGUGUUUGUGACUUCUGUUUUGCUUUUGUUUUUUUUCAUUCCAUGUAAAAUGUAAUUCGCAAUUUAUUUAGGGGUGAUAUUUUUUGAUGAUGAAAUUGACACCGGUGUAAUUUUGAAAGACCCAAUGUGAAAGCUAUUUGCAUAUACUGUUGACAGAAAAAUUGUAAGAUGUAUUGCCAAAAAUGAAAAUUAAUUUGACACUACCGGCCUCAUAGGAUAUGUAUUUUCUUAGACCGCCGUUAUUCAGUGUUCAAUAUGAAUUGUGACAUUCUGAAAUAAUUUUACA